AUGCAGCUGAAACAAGCACUCCAAGCCUUAACGCCAGCGCUCUACCUUGGUCUGUCUGGUCUUGCAUUUGCCGUCUCUUUGCAUGCACCAAAACAGGGACAGCGCGUGGCACUGCUGCCAACAAUUCUGAUACCCACCUUCCUCUCGUUGUCCGUGGUACUCCAUGUGCCCUUUGCCCCUGGCGUCUCACUCGUUUGGGGUCAAGCAUUAACAGGAUACGUCCUGCAUACUAUCUCGACCUUGCACCUGGAGGCGAUCCCAUCCCCAUGUUCAUCCAUGCCAGGUUCAACGGCGCUUGGAUCAGAAUACUACGUUAAUUUUGGAUACUUCCACCGAAUCUGGCUGAAUCCACGUUUGAUACGUACGCAUUCAACACCCCCGACAUCGCCGAAGCAACCGGUGAAGCAGUCUCGCGGGGCCUUCCUCGUCUUGCAAUUAUCCAAGCUGCUCACGUACUACAUUAUCCAAACAAAAAUAUCUCCUGCAGUAUUUGACGAGAUCGUGAUUGAUAUCCUGCCUGAUGAGGUUGCCCCAUAUCAACAAUCUCUCUGGCGACCCUUGGAUGACUUCACGGCGCGUGAGUGUUUGAACGUGAUAUUCGUCACUUUCUCAUCAUUCUGGACGACAUUCGUGUAUCUCGACGGGACCAAUGCUCUUAUGUCCAUAUUCCUUGUUGGGAUCGGCUUGGAUGAUCCAGAGGAUUGGCCGCCACUUUUUGGAAACCUGUCCCAGGCUGUUGGGCUCCGGAAAUUCUGGUCAAGAUUCUGGCACACGCUUCCAAUGAAACCUUAUAGAAGUUUUGGGGAGUACAUCAGCCUACGAAUAUUUAGACUCUCCCCUCGAUCGUUCGCUCACAAGUCGACUAACGCCUUCGUUGCGUUUUUGCUUUCAGGCGCUGCCCACGCUUUGGUGGACUGGCUUCGUGGCAGCCCUGAUUGGCGUCUGGACUUUUAUUGGUUUUUGCUCAACUUUCUUGGUUGUAUGGGUGAAUCCCUUCUUGUCAAGACACUUCGCCAAUUAGCGUGGCGAGCUGGGCGAGAGCAUGAUCUUCAGGCCCUCGAGACAAGCUGGCUAGAAAAUGAGACAGCUCCUAUCGAACUUGCAGAUAGUUUGACAGAAGACGCACUCGGUACAUUUUGUAUCCCACAUAGGACAGACAGCGUGACGGAGACACCCCGUCAACAAAGAUUCCACUCUGGCUAUUAUUAA